AUGCCUCCUCCCUUAAUAGAUUUUGUCGCCCCGUCCCUCCCGCAACACUGCGAACCCACCUCGCCGUUCCUCGCGACGCUCUCUUCCUACAUCCACAUCUGCCUUCCCACCCCACUCGCCCUGCUCUCGUCUACACUCGGCACUCUCAGCAUCAUAUCAUGGCUAUUCGCCCAGCUUCCGCAGAUCUACAAGAACUUCCAGCUGCAGUCGACAUCGGGGCUGUCUAUAUUCUUCCUGAUCAUAUGGUGUCUUGGUGACAUGGGCAAUCUUCUCGGCGCCCUUUUCACUCGGCAGGCCGGUUGGCAGGUCAUUAUCGCGGGCUACUAUGUUUGCGUGGAUGUGGCUCUGGUGUUCCAGUUCUUCUGGUACACUCAUUACAAGGGCCGUCGGGAUGAUGACUUUGCCACGCUCUCUCGUUAUGAUGACGACACUGCACACCCGAGGGUCAUAGAGGGUAUCUCGUUCUCUGACGACAGCUCGUCGGUAAUCGGUCCUUCUCCACGGGCUUCCGCGGGGUCAGACUCGAAGGACGUUCCCGACAUCAAGGAUCGAUUGGCGGGUGUCGUGAACACUGCAUCAUCUUCAUACUCUAAUGAGAAGAUGAGUUCUUCGCGGCGGUCUAUCGCUAGGUCUGGCAGUAACUCGGGUAUGCAAAACACCGCUGCGCGCACUAUGCUGUUGGCGUCAAUGCUCUGCGCCGUCGCCGCCAAUGCAGCCCCUACAGAAGCUGAUCCAGUCCCGCCCUCCUCGGGUCUGACCCUUGAGUUCUUCGGAACCAUCUUCUCUUGGAUGUCCACAGUUCUCUAUCUCGGCUCCCGACCUCCUCAGCUGUACAAGAACUACCGCCGGAAGAGCACCGCAGGCCUAUCCCCUCUACUGUUCAUGGCAGCAUUCUGCGGCAAUUUCUUUUACUCGUCCUCCCUUCUCACAAACCCGAAUGCUUGGUACGACUUCGCACCGUACGGCGGCGGCGGAUGGGCAGACGCAGACGGCAACAACCGGGUAGACUGGGUGAAGCGCGCCAUCCCUUUCUUCCUCGGGGCCUUUGGUGUCCUCUUCCUGGACGGUUCUAUGGGCGUCCAGUUCCUCAUGUACGGCUCCGACGACGAUUCCGUCAUUGAGGUUGAGGAUCCCAAGCGCGGACGGAGUCGCUGGAAGCGCGUGCACGGCUGGAUGCGAGGCUGGAUUCCUUCUCCUUCGCGGAAGCAAACCGACACCAGCCCCGAGGGCCAGUCUUUACUCGAGGGGGACCGACAACGAUACGGUGCGGUUUGA